ACGAAAAUGCAUGUUUCUCACUUUGUAUUUGCCCCUCUUGAUUGGUGUUCAUUACUGCGGACGGACGAGGACACCAAGUCCAACGCGUUGGUGAAAUUAAGAGUUGCAAAUCCACAAGUUAAUUGUCUGUGACACACUCAAGACGUCCAUGCUGGUCAGAGCAGUGCCCUGCAUAUUCUUAUUUUUCUUUCUAAACAUGGCUCAAGAAGACAAAGAGAAGACAACUGCUCUGAAAGAUUUACUGUCAAGGAUAGAUCUCGAUGAGCUGAUGAAGAAAGAUGAGCCUCCCCUCACCUUCCCAAAGACGCUGGAGGAAUUUGAGUAUGCCUUUAAUGAACGUGGGCAGUUAAGACACACCAAGACUGGCGAGGCCUUCAUCUUCAACUACAGAGAGGACCUGCACCGAUGGAACCAGAAGCGAUACGAAGCUCUGGGAGAGAUCAUCACGCAAUAUGUUUACCAACGCUUGGAGGAAGAGUGCAACUUGACAAGAGAAAUCCUCCCGGUGGACGCCACGGAGGACGAACCAAAGAGCUUCAUCUACCUGAGCGAGGACGCGCUGUCCAACCGGGACAAGCUGCUGGUGCUGAUCCAGGGCAGCGGGGUGGUCCGCGCCGGACAGUGGGCACGACGACUCAUCAUCAACGAAGACAUGGACAGCGGCUCUCAGCUCCCCUUUAUCAAGCGCGCCAUGGAGGAGGGCUAUGCGGUGAUGGUGCUGAACCCCAAUGAGAACUACCUGGAGGUGGAGAAGCAGCCGGCAGCGGCGGCGUCGGCAGCGGUAGCGGCGGCCACACCCCAGCAGGAGGCGUCCCCCGAGGGGCCCGAGGAGCCGGCGGAGAAGCGUGAGCGCAAGGAGGAGCGCGAGGAGAGGGGCCGCAAGAAACGAGACUUCUACGAGAAGUACCGCAACCCACAGAAGGAGACGGAGACCGAGCACAUCCCUAUACGGGACAACAGCACCCCAGAGGAGCACACCCUGUACGUGUGGGAGAACUUUGUGUCCCGAGCGGCCGCCAGGAACAUCUUCGUGGUUGCCCACAGCUACGGUGGCCUCUCCUUCGUCGAGCUGAUGAUUCAGCGGGAGACGGAGGUGAAGAAUCGUGUGUGUGCAGUGGCCAUGACGGACUCUGUUCAUAAUGUUUGGCACCAAGAGGCCGGCAAGUCCAUCCUGGAGUGGCUACAGGAGCGCUGCUGCAACUGGGUGUCAAGCUCCGAGCCUCUGGACACGCUGGUGGAGUCCAUGCUGCCAGACUGCCCGCGCGUCUCCGCAGGCACAGAGCGGCAUGAGCUGACGUCCUGGAGAAGUUUCCACUCCAUCUUCAAGUUCUUUGCGGAUGCGCUGGAGGCCCAGGAGAGCUCGGACCUGCAGCCGUCCACUACAGUGACCACACGCAGUGCCAACAGAAUCAAACACGACGAGAUUUAACACACACAAUGCCAAAGCCUCAAGAGUUCUAGCUACAGCCAGAGAAAUGUCUAUCCUAUGCCCCCGCUGUGUCAACCCUCGCACUCUACCCCCCAUCUCUCUCUCUCUCUCUCUCUAUUUCCCUCUCUCUAUUUCCCUUUCUUACUGUAUGCAGGGUGGCUGUGGGUGUGAGCAUUAGUCACUUUUUACAGUGAAAACGAUCCUCUCCUUCAGGCUUCAAAACAUAGUAUCAGAUUGUUGAAUCCAGGGUGUAUACAUCAAACUAAUGUGUUGUAUUACUUCUAGAUGAGUGCAACUGUCAAAGCAAUAUGGCUUCAGUGCUCGCGCCUCCCGUGGGCUCUAGUCGGGAUGUGGUGGCGCUAUCGCUGCCGAGAUUAAGCAUGACAGCCGCUCCGCGCCGUGCCUCGCGGUGCACCUCUAAUUGUCCUGACAUGGGCCUGAACUGAGCUAAUGCUGGGGAUGCUCAUCUCCCCCAGGUCCUAAUGCAAGCCUUUUAAAUCCCGCUAGACUUUCCCCCGAUUCUUUCUCUGUCCAGACCUCUCUGGUGGGGAAGAACGCUUGCUCACUGUAUGAUGAAGGGAUAGUAUUUGUCGAACUGCUGCUUUAUUGGGGUUAGAUGUUGUUUUUCGCGAUUUUGUAAAGAAAGCUCGGAAAAAAAUGACAGUUGAGGAGAAUAAGACAGACAUGGACCUUCCCACUUCAGUAAAUCCUGUCUAGUUUUAAAUCACUUAAGCCAGCUGUCAGGGUGCAAUGAAGGAAUGUUGAGUUUUGAGAGAUAGUAACAGUCCAUUCAACAGUCAAGCGAUUUCCGCAGAUCACCGCCAUGCGUCAGGACAAGAACAGUUCUAAUAAUAUUAUCUUAAGUAUAAAUGAGGUGUCUUAAGAUGUUUGCACAUUGUACUUUCCGAUCUCGAGAGCUCCCGCUGUUCGUCCUCACAUUCAGAUAGGACUCUGACAGUCCUGUGCGUAUCUCGCUCAAACUCACAAAAUGUCCCUUUCUUGACGCAAACGAGACGCAUUGUUUCUGGGACAAUGUCAUCUCUCCAGAGCUCGAAGGCAUGCCUGUCCAAACUGUCCUCCCAUCACUCAGAUUUAGAAGUUGUGUGAAUCUCCCAUGAUCUUCUCUUUUAGAAAUCAACCGCCUCUAUUUUUCUGGCCUUUUAGCUUUAUAUUCAACGAGGGUAAAUGUAAUACCGCUUUCACAACGUUCAGUGAAUAAUGCUGCUAUAUUAGCAUGUCUGAUCGUCUAAACAAUAAAUUGCAUCAGUAAACACUUUUUAUCUACAUGCAAUCAAAAAAUAAUGGUUAUUUUCUUAAUCAGAUGCACAUAUUGGGCUCCGUUGUGAGUUUGUGUAUUUUUAAUGCAGCCAUUUGAAAUAUGCAUUCCAUUUAAUGCUAGUAAUUGGUAGGUUUCGUUGUAGGCCUAUUUCAGUGUGAAAUAUAGGCUAGCCCAUUUAUUAUUUCAGUAUGUUGCCUUAGGAAUAAACAAGACACAUCAAGUUCAUAAGCGUUGUGAGGAAAGGCUAUAGUCUAACAAGCCAUACGCACGCAUAUCCUUCAGGCCUGGUGGAGGCAGCCUUAAAGCAAAUCAAAAGCUCAUUUGAUAUGUAAAUUACAACUAAUUUUAACAUUUUCUCUUUCAAAUAUUUUUAAUCAAAUUGUAUGUACUUUUUAUUGAAGCAUUUACUCUAAUUUACAAUUAGGAAGCCAACAUCCUUCUGGGUGUCCAAUUGUAAUAUCUUUGAUGUUAAAUUGCCGAUGUCCUUUUUAGGUAUGUUGACAAACUUCACGCUAAGAUUUUACAUAUUGAGAAUACACACAUUUUGUCCUUUAUUUUUCAUUUUAAUUCGUCUUAUGUGAUCAUCCUACAUGUAUAUUUCUAAAUGUGUUUUCAGUAUACAUCCAUUGUAAUUAGUAUUAAUAAAAUAUUUUUAAUGUGAA